AUGGCUGCAGCUUUGCUCACUAAGCUCCACUUGAUAGUUUCUCUCUUAUUCAUCUCACUUCUCGUGUUUGCGGCACUUGGACACAAGUCACAGAACCUGUUAAGCUGCGAGACCACAUCUCCUGAUGCUUCUGGCUACCACUGCACUUCUGCUGGAACCAAUGGAUCAUCACUACAGAAUCAGUGCAGGACGUUUGUGAUUCUCCGGACUAACUCAUACUACUCGUCUCUUUUCAAUCUGAGUGCUUACUUAGGCAUCAACCGGUUCGUGAUUGCAGAAGCAAACGGAUUUUCAGCAGACACAGAGUUUCUUCCAAAAGAUGAGCCUUUGUUGAUACCAAUCGACUGUAAAUGCAGCAGCAAUGGAGGGUUGUUUCAUGCAGAAUUGACAAAAACUACCAUUAAGGGGGAGAGCUUUUAUGGCGUUGCUGAAGCACUUGAAGGCUUGACAACCUGCAAAGCCAUCCGAGAGAAGAACCAGGGUGUCUCGCCUUGGGGUCUUGCUGAUAAGCUUCAGUUACUCAUCCCCUUAAGAUGUGCUUGUCCUUCUUCAUCUUCACAUUCAAGACUCUUGCUGUCUUAUCCCGUGAGUGAAGGUGAUUCUAUUUCUGAUUUGGCAAUUAAGUUCAAUACUACCAAAGAAGCUAUCAUAUCUGAAAAUAACAGAUCACUAGGAGGAACCUUUAGACCUGAAAGCAGCUUAACACCUUUUACAUCUCUUCUGAUUCCACUCAAUGGCAAACCUAUACUUGGCCCCCUAAAGAAACCCCGUGAGCCCAAUUUGCAUUUUCCAGCAACUAGCAUCCCAGCAAUUAGUCCGCACAAGAAAAAAGCAAAAAUGCACAAUAUUGGAUUGUAUGUUGCACUUAGUGGGGUCAUUAUUGGAGCUAGCGUUGCAAUUGCAGCAGCUUUCUUGUUAAUUCAGUUGAAGAAAAAGAAACAGAGUUCGCCAAAAGGAGGUGAUGUGGAACUGCAACAGCUUAGUUUAAGUGUGAGAACCACAAGUGACAAGAAAGUCUCAUUUGAGGGAUCUCAGGAUACUUUAGACGGUCAGAUCAUCGAUACCACCAUGCCCCACAAGGUGCUGGUGGAGACAUUUAGCAUUGAGGAGCUGAGAAGAGCAACCGAGGACUUCAGUUCGAGCAGCCACAUUGAGGGAUCUGUAUAUCACGGCCGUCUCAGUGGGAAGAACUUGGCAAUAAAGCGCACACAACUAGAUACCAUCUCAAGGAUUGAGUUUGGGCUAUUUCAUGAUGCAAUUCACCAUCAUCCCAACAUAAUGAGGUUGUUGGGCACUUGUUUGACUGAGGGUCAAGAAUCAUUUCUGGUUUUCGAGUAUGCUAAGAACGGAUCAUUGAAGGACUGGCUUCAUGGUGGAUUGGCAAUCAAAAACCAGUUCAUUGCCUCCUGCUAUUGUUUCUUGACAUGGAGCCAAAGGCUGAGGAUAUGUCUUGAUGUGGCCAUGGCCUUACAGUAUAUGCACCACAUAAUGAACCCAAGUUAUGUCCAUAGAAAUGUGAAGAGCAGAAACAUCUUUUUAGAUGAAGAGUUCAAUGCCAAGAUUGGAAACUUUGGUAUGGCAAAGUGUGCUGAAAAUGACACUGAUGACCACCAAGUUUGUUCAACCAGCCCUGCUGCCUCUUGGAGUCUUGGCUAUAUGGCUCCUGAAUAUAUUCACCAGGGUGUAAUUUCUCCAAGCAUUGAUAUAUUUGCAUAUGGGGUGGUGUUGUUGGAAGUCUUGUGUGGGCAAACACCGAUAAGCAGGCCAAGUGAGAAGGGAGAAGGGAACUUUUGGCUCUCAGAGAAAAUCAAGUCCAUAUUGCAGUCAGAUAAUGCAGAUGAGCUAAGGGAAUGGAUGGACAGCGGGUUGGGCGAAAAUUACUCGUUCGAUGCAGCUGUCAUGUUGGCAAAUCUUGCGAGGGCUUGUGUAGACGAAGACCCUUGUUUGAGACCAAGUGCAGGAGAAAUUGUUGAGAAACUGUCAAGGUUGGUGGAAGAGUCGCUAAGCCAAGAAGGAGAGAAUAUUUUAAUCAGUGAGAGCUCUUGUAAACCUCUAGUGAAGGCAGCAGCAAAAACCAAUAGCAAUAUGUGA